AAAACGCGUAAACAUCCAAACAAGACCUUAAUUUCUCUGCAAAACCUUCGUUCGGAAGCUCUUAGUCGUUGUUGCGGUUCUUCACCCUUCUACACUCUCUGUGUUCCCUUCACUAGCUCUCGAGAUUUUAAAAAUCUACCUCUGUUUUUUCCUUCGGAUCAAAUCCUUUUGAUCUCUCCGCUUGUUUUCGCGCAAUGCCGUUGCCCUGAAUCUGACACCAAAUUAGAGUCCACGAGAUUUCACAAAGUAGCGACGACCGCAUCGCGAGAAAAAACCCUUAUUUCUUCGAAUGGGGUCGGUGCCGUCAACGCCGCGCAAGAGUGGCACAUUCUCUCCGGAGACGGCGGAGUAUCUGAUCGGAACUUUAGUCGAUAACCAGCCCUUCCCUCUCUCGUCAGAGUUCUGGCAGAAAUUGCUGGAGCUUCCUCUCAAUGUCCAAUGGCCGGCUCAACGUGUUCAACAAGCUUGCGAGCUAUUAGCCAAAAAUAAUUGUCACACCAGACAUCUCGCUAAGAUUUUGUUCCAUCUAGCUUGCUGCUUGCAACAGGGCGUGUCUUCUUCUGGUGUAUCGCCCUUGGUCUAUAAAAAAGCUGUUAAUGCAGUGUACUUCAGUUCAAUAUUUUUAAAGUACUUGAUUGAAAGUGUCCAAGGGGAUAUCCAGUUAUACCUGUCAAUUGAAGAUAAUGAGGCUGUACCGAAGGACGUUUUGAGAGAUCAAACCAUUGAAAAUUUUGUUAUGCGGAAUGUGCUGAACUUUAUAGCAUCAGUAGAAGUGAGUCCAGACACAUUUCUCCUACACCUAGAGCUGCUUAAUUUCAUGAUUAUUGCAAUGUCAACUCAGCUUCUCUGUGGGUCAUCUCCUGGGCCCAAUGAUGUGAACCCCUUUCUUGAUGCAGCAAUGGCUCAGGACAGCUCUCUGAUUGGUUCAGUUGUUCGCAGAUUGCUUCUAAACUUCAUGAUGCGUUCUGAUGUUCCAUUUAAUAGGGCUACUUAUUCCAUCUUAUCUGAUGGAAGUCAGAGUAGUGUGCUACAGAGAGUUGGUUCUGCAGCUGCAAAUAUUGUUUUAUUUCCAUUUAGUUAUUUGGUCAGUUCGAGUGGUGAAGGAUCGAAAGGUCCAAUUGCAGAUAUCAGUAUUCAUGUGCUGCUUGUUCUUGUUCAUUAUCACAAAUGUGUCAUGAGUGAGGACUAUGCAAAUAACAAAUCUUCGACGUCAGAUUUUUUACUCAAAGAAAAUUCCCACUUCUCUGAAAAUCCUUACUGCAAGGCGUUGGAACAUGCAAAUGAUUGUGAAUUGGAUCGUGUAGACAUUGAGGGCAAUGCGCAUAGUGCUCAACACAUAAAGCUUCCCUUUGCUUUGUUGUUUGAUACACUUGGGAUAUGCUUAGCUGAUGAGGCAGCUGUACUGCUGCUUUACUCGUUGUUGCAAGGGAAUUCUGCCUUUUUGGAGUAUGUAUUGGUGCGGACAGAUCUGGAUACAUUGUUAAUGCCAAUUCUGGAAGCUUUGUACAAUGCUUCUACAAGGACGGCUAAUCAAAUUUACAUGUUGCUAAUUAUUCUUCUCAUACUCAGUCAAGAUUCUUCUUUUAAUGCGAGCAUUCAUAAGCUGAUAUUGACUGGUGUCCCAUGGUACAAAGAACGCCUUCUCCAUCAGACAUCUCUUGGUUCUUUCAUGGUCAUAAUUCUUAUCAGAACUGUACAGUAUAAUUUGUCGAAACUCCGGGAUGUCUAUCUCCAAACAACAUGUUUGGCAACCUUGGCAAACAUGGCACCUCAUGUUCAUCGUUUGAGUGCAUAUGCAUCUCAGAGACUAGUCAGCCUUUUUGACAUGCUUUCACGCAAGUAUAACAAAUUAGCUGAACACAAAGAUAAUAAACUGCAUACAGCAAAAGGUAACUCAUUUGAAGGAAACAACCUUGUAGAAGAUAUGUCAACUGAAUUGCACAUUUACACUGACUUCUUGAGGCUUGUACUAGAAAUAAUAAAUGCAAUCCUGACUUAUGCACUGCCUCGGAAUCCUGAGGUAGUAUAUGCAAUAAUGCACAGGCAGGAAGUCUUUCAGCCAUUCAAGAAUCAUCCACGCUUCAAUGAAUUGAUUGAUAACAUUUAUACUGUAUUAGAUUUUUUCAAUAGUCAUAUGGAUGCUCAAAGAGAGAACGGUGACUGGUCAGUCAAUGAAGUACUCCAAGUCAUAACUGUCAAUUGUCGUUCUUGGAGGGGUGAUGGAAUGAAGAUGUUUACUCAACUGCGCUUUACAUAUGAACAAGAGAGUCAUCCAGAGGAGUUUUUUAUCCCGUAUGUCUGGCAGCUAGUGCUAUCCCAUUGUGGAUUCUCAUUCAAUACAGGAGCUAUAAAUUUGUUUCCAGUUGAUCUACAAACGGAAGGACUUGAAAAUGGGGUGGUGGGAAGCACCCUCCAAAAUGGUGAUUUUGACAAGCCUGAAUAUCAGCUUGAUCCAUAAACGAGGGGUUUUACAAACGUGGCUGAAGAUAUAGUUUCUAUUGGUGAAUAUUUGUACAUACGCAAUAGAUACAAUUUCUGAAAAAAGAAGAAAACUGCCGAGAUGUGUAUUGUUCUCAUUCUUUUCUGUUCAUAAAUUGAGUGUAGAGAUCCAUACCCGUAGAUGAAGUUCAGAUAUCGUGUAAUUAAUAAGGGGGUGACACUAAUAUAUCCAUGUCAUAUCAUAAGUUUUUUGGGCUCA